AUGGAAGGAAUCAUCCAACAAGGGACCCCGCCUCCUAAUCAGUGGAGGCGGAGGUCGGCGGCACGGGAGGACAGUGACCUCGCAGUCGCCGCCGAGAGCAGCCGCGGCAAGCAGCCCGUGACUGAGGAAGAUGAGGCCCAAUGGCGUCAGAAGCCGGUUAUUAACAUGAUAGUCGGCGGGCCAGAAGGGGGCGACUCGGCGAACACCAGAAAGGCCUGGGCUCGACAGUUGUAUGUCGGUACAGUAUACGGGCGCGAAGAAGGUUCGAACAAAGUGUGCCGGGAGCCCAUCAUGUUCACUGACAAAGACCUACCCACGGGGGAGACACCACAUCGAGAUGCCCUGGUCAUAGAGAUGGACGUAAAUGGGCUGAAUCUAGUCAAGACACCACUCGUCGGUUUCACCGGAGACUCGGUGGAGGCAGAGGGAUCCAUUACCUUACCGGUGGAAGUCGGCAGCUAUCCCGACGUACAGAAGCUCAACAUGAAAUUCAUCGUGGUAGACUUAGUCUGCUCACACAAUGCUAUACUUGACCGACCAAGCCUGGAGGAUCUAGGAGCACUGAUCUCCAUCGAGCACCUCUGCCUGAAAUUCCGCACACCGAGCGGGAUAGGCACGGUACGUUGCGAUAGAAGAGUCGCCCGCGACUGCUAUCUACAGGCCUGCAGGGGGAUGGGCAAGCGUGAAAUGCAAGUCUACGAAAUCACGGAAAGGCCCCCAAAGAAAGCAAUGAUACCUCGCCCGGAGCCAACCGUGGUAUUGGAAGAAGUCGAGAUCGACCCUGGACGGCCGGACAGGCGGGUCAGAAUUGGGGUCGGUCUCCCUGAGGAGAUUCGAGAGGAAAUUAUCAAAGUACUCCGAGAGCACCGGCUAGUCUUUGCCUGGGGGCCAGAGGAUAUGCCAGGUGUCGACCGGUCCAUCAUCGCCCAUCGACUCGCCGUGGAUUCGGACCAUCGGCCGGUCGCACAGAAAAAGCGGUAUCUCGCCAACGACCGAAGGGAAUUCGUAAAGAAAGAGGUGGGCACGCUGCUAGCCGCGGGCCACAUCCGAGAGGUUAAAUACCCGGAGUGGUUGGCGAACGUAGUCCUCGUACCGAAACCCCCAGCCUGGCGGAUGUGCGUGGAUUACACUGAUCUUAACAAAGCCUGCCCAAAGGAUCCGUUCCCCUUGCCACAGAUCGAUCAGCUGGUUGACGAGACAGCAGGGUCGGCUCUGCUGAGCUUCAUGGACGCCUUUAGGGGGUAUCAUCAGAUUUUCAUGCACCCGGCUGACGAGGAGAAAACCGCGUUCCUUACACCAGACGGGGUAUAUUGUUACCGAGUUAUGCCCUUCGGACUCACGAAUGCUGGGGCUACUUACACUCGGAUGGUAGCCCGGCUAUUCCAAGACCUGCUGGGGAAGUCCAUGGCGGCCUACGUAGACGACAUGUUAGUCAAAAGCCGAGAAGAGGCCAAACACGCGGAAGAUUUGGCCGACUGCUUCCAAGUGAUGCUAAGGUAUAAUCUCCGACUAAACCUGAAGAAAUGUGCCUUCGCGGGGCAAGGUGGGAAGUUCUUAGGAUACAUGGUGACCAAACGAGGCAUCGAGCCCAACCCUAAGAAGGUCCAGGCCAUCAUCGAUAUGCAGCCUCCCAGCACUGUCAAAGAUUUACAACGGUUGACUGGUCGACUGGCUGCCCUCAGCCGCUUCCUGACCAAGGCGGCGGAUAAGACUAUACCAUUCUUCGAGGCUAUGAAGAAGAAGGAAGGCUUUGCCUGGACGACCGAGUGCCAACAGUCGUUCGAAGAGCUGAAACAGUAUCUUUCCACACCUCCGGUGUUGUCCACCCCACGGGUGGGUGAGCCAUUGUUUUUGUACUUGGCCGCCUCCCCCAAGGCGGUAAACUCGGUACUGGUCCGGGAAGAAGAGCGUACCCAGCACCCGGUGUAUUACGUAAGCCGCUCCUUGAAGGCCGCCGAGACACGGUACACGGCUUUGGAAAAAAUUGUCUACGCGCUAGUAAUCAUCGUGCGCAGGUUAGCGCCCUAUUUCCAAGCCCAUACCGUCCGGGUACUGACCGACCAACCUCUAGGGAGCGUACUGCGGAACCCCGCGUCGUCAGGUCGACUGGUGAAAUGGGCCGUGGAAUUAACCCAGUACGAGAUUGAGUAUCAACCGCGACCGUCCAUAAAAGGGCAAGCCUUGGCCGAUUUCUUGGUCGAGUGUACGACAGGGGAAGAAGAGAAAGAGCACACCACGGAAGAUAGUUCAGGCGAGUGGUGGGAGAUGCACGCGGAUGGAGCGGCUAUGUUGGGCGGCCUUCGACUCGCCAAAACGCUGGGAGUAGAACGAUUGCGAAUCAAAACUGACUCCCGGUUAGUGGCCGGACAAAUCUCCGGCACCUGCGAAGCUAAGAACGCCCGGAUGACCCAGUAUAAGGAGAAGGUGAUAGAAAUGCUGAAGGAAUUCGAAACAUAUGAAAUAGAGCAUAUCUCUCGGGCGGACAACAUCGAGGCCGACAUGUUAUCAAAAAUCGCCUUAGAGGGAAUACCAGAUCACCUCGCCAAGAUUUGCCAAAAGGAAGAAUUAAGUCGUCCAAGUAUAGAGGAGACGCCGUUGGAGGUCCAACAGGUAAUUAUCGAGGAAUGUGAUCGAGAGAAAAACCCCGAGAUGUUUUGGAUAGAAGACAUCAGGCGGUUUAAGGAAACGGGCGAGUUGCCAGAUGACCAAGGAGUCGCCGCAAGGAUUCGACGAAAAGCCCCUUCAUUCCAGAUCAUUGACGGGCAAAUGUACAAGCGGUCAUUCGGAGGCCCCCUCUUGAAGUGCCUACUCAGGCCCGAAGCCGAGAGGAUAAUGGAUGAAGUGCACCGAGGGAUCUGCGCCGCCCACCAGGGAGCCCACACUCUCGCCCGGAAACUAGUCGUCCAGGGAUACUACUGGCCAACCAUGAUGCGAGAUUGCAUUGAGUGGAUAGCUAAGUGCGGAAUUUGCCAAGCCUUCGCAGAAGGAUACUCGGCCGGCCACCUUCUACACGCCGGUCACCACAGCCAUCCCUUUUGCUAA